AUGGAUGGUAAUCCAUGUGCAGACGUAGAUGGCUUCGCUGAAUUUGUUUAUGCUUGUCUGCCAAAACUGGUGUACUAUCAUUACCGUUAUAUUCACCCCCGUGAUAAGGAAUUAGCACGGGAGAAAUACAGUGAUACAAUUGUAGCACUUGAAAAGACUGAGGCAGAGGCACAGGUUCACAUUGAGCAACAGAAAGAAGAAGAGCAAAAAUCAGAGCUAUAUUCUGCAGCAUUUGUUGAGCAACUAGACAGUGAACAGCUUUUCAACUCAUUGUAUGAAGGUGAUGAAGAGGGCAAGGCACUCUUGAAAGUAGGAGAUGAAGCAAUGGAACUCUAUAACAAAUUGAUGGGAAACUUCUUUGAAAAGAAAGCUCUAAUAUUCCUAGACUUAAAGCGAGUUAUGAAAGGCAUGGAAAGUUCCGAUAUUGAUGUACAGAGUCAUUAUGAUCAGUUAGACAUUACUGCUGUUGAGUUCCACAAUUUAUGUGAAACAACUGAGACAGAAUUGAUGGCUGCUGAGUUAAUUCUGAAUAACCAACUGGAGAAAAUAAAUGCCGCUUUUGAGAGAAACUUAAUUGAACUUGUCUCCGCAUUUAUUAAGGAUGCUCAAGCUAUAUUUGUUGAAUGUCGUAAUUCACAGCAAAUAUUUCAUGAACAGUUGUCAGACUGUGCAAAUCGCUACCUCAGCAAUGUUAUCACAAAGGCGGAUGACCCAAAGCUUCGUAUACCCCGUGAACUACAACAGAUAAUGACUGACAAAGAGGCACUGAACAAAGCAACAGGUGGCUCACACGAUUAUCACACACAAAUAAUUAAUGGCCGUGAAGACGUACUCGUCAAGACAGCAAAGAAAUGGGCCAGCGAUACGUGUGCAGAUAUACACAGCUGUGACAUAAUUGAAGAUUCACCUCAUGCAUGGCUGGAUAAAGUUGGUGGGUGUGUCGUAGCUGCAUGA